GACCGACUCCCGGCGGGACCGCGUCUCGACCGCCUCUGCCGCCCUUCUCCGGCCGUUCCCUCCCCGCGAGCGGACGCAGGGAGCCGAGGCCUGGCGUGCGGGGUGCCAUGGAAGGCCGCAGGCGGGGCGACGCGGCGGGAGUGGAGACACUGGCCGGCUGAGGCCGAGGCAUGCGGAGCCCCGGUGGGAGCCUGCCCCACACGCUGCCCCGGGCCUUGCAGCACGCCGGUCGGACGGGCGUCGUGGAGCAGCCGGGCCGCUGGGCACCGGAGCGGACAGCGGGAGGGGACCGCUCGGAGGACCGCCUUCCCCGCGGGGGCGGGGCCAGCGCGGCGGCGGCGGCUGCUGCGGCGGCGGCCUCGGGCGCCCUGCUCGGCGCCUAUCUGGAGCGCCACGGUCUGCCCGCGGCCUCGGACUUGCCGGCGCCGGCCGGGGCGUUGGCAGGCGGCCCCGGGAGCGGCGGCGGCGUGGUGGUCGGGGUGGCCGAGGUGAGAAACUGGCGCUGCUGCUGCCUCGGCAGCACCUGUUGGUGCCGGAGCCUCGUGCUGGUGUGCGUGCUGGCCGCCCUGUGCUUCGCUUCCCUGGCCCUGGUCCGCCGCUACCUGCAGCACCUCCUGCUCUGGGUGGAGAGCCUCGACUCGCUGCUCGGUGUCCUGCUCUUCGUCGUGGGCUUCAUCGUGGUCUCCUUCCCCUGCGGUUGGGGCUACAUCGUGCUUAAUGUGGCGGCCGGCUACCUGUACGGCUUCGUGCUAGGCAUGGGGCUCAUGGUGGUGGGCGUCCUCAUUGGCACCUUUAUCGCUCAUGUGGUCUGCAAGCGGCUACUCACCGCCUGGGUGGCUGCCAGGAUCCAGAACAGCGACAAGCUGAGCGCCGUUAUCCGCGUCGUGGAGGGAGGAAGCGGCCUGAAGGUGGUGGCGCUGGCCCGGCUGACUCCCAUACCUUUUGGGCUUCAGAAUGCAGUGUUUUCGAUUACUGAUCUCUCCUUACCCAACUAUCUGAUGGCGUCUUCAGUUGGACUGCUACCGACUCAGCUUCUGAAUUCUUACUUGGGUACCACACUACGGACUAUGGAAGAUGUCAUCGCAGAACAAAGUGUUAGUGGAUAUUUUGUCUUUUGUUUACAGAUUGUUAUAAGCAUUGGCCUCAUGUUUUAUGUAGUCCAUCGCGCUCAAGUGGAAUUGAAUGCAGCUAUUGUAGCUUGUGAGAUGGAACUGAAAACCUCUCUGGUUAAAGGCAAUCAAUCGGAUCCCAGUGGCUCUUCCUUCUACAACAAGAGGACCCUCACGUUUUCUGGAGGUGGAAUCAAUAUUGUAUGAUUCUUACAAACUGUGAUUGUUGAGAGCCUAAUGCGCUGUCCAGGCCUAGCAGUCACUUACCUGAUGGCAGAGACAAGUGCUGUUGUAUUAUGGCACAAACAAAACUGACUAGUUUUUAAAUUGCACAAUUUUCUAAAAGCAAGAAUCAUUUUUUGGGUCUGUCAAUGUAAAUGUAGAUGCAGCUCUAGCUGCCCCUUGUUAUACCUGUAAUGGCCUAUAGGUGUGCACUUUAGUGUUUUUGAAUUAUUUUAUUGCUGGGACUUAUGAACAGAAAAAUAACCCAAAUAUUUUCUUUCUGUUUAGUAUCUUUAUUUAUAAAGCCCAUGAAUAGUUGUGUGCAUCUGUCUUUAAAGAUGAGUAAAAGUAUAGAGUUCUCAAUGGAUCUUGUUGGAUGUUCUUUGCUUAGGCAUUCUCUCCAGAAGGGUAAACUGUUUUGUUUAUUGUUCACUUGUUUGCUUCAAGCAGAAAAACUCUGCUUAAUUUUCCUUGCUUGUAAGAAAAUAGCUAUAUUUCAGUUGAAUGUAUGUUAAUGUUAUCCAGCAUUAUGUCACUGUGGGUCAUUUACACCUUGCGGUACAAGUGUAAAUCCUACAUUGUGGGACUGAAGUGCUCUUAAGACCCCUUUUAUUUUCACUGUGUAAUAUGCAAAGUGAAAGGGACAUUAUUUAGCGGGUGGCUCACAAGUGGAGCCUGCAUUCUUAUUCGAUUAUAUUGGUUUCACCCAUUAGGCCUCAUCCAAGGGCUGUCCGAUAGCACUCUUACCAAACCAUUUCCCCCUUUUAUAUUCAUAAUUAGGCUUUGAAAUAAACUUAUUGUUCCUAUAAAAUGGUGGGCUUACCAUCUCUGACGUCAUUCAGGUGGCCUUGUUUAGUCAAAACGCCUUGUUAAAAAGAAACAAGCUUUAAAAUCAUGUUUAUAGUUUCAGUAAAAAUAUAUAUAUAUAUAUAUGUCCCCAUAGCUUUCAGCUUUAAAACUAUAAGCAUUAACAAAAAUCCCACAUUCAUGCUGUCUGCUGCAUUAUUGCUGUUUUGUUUGGGGCUUUGAUGUUCCUUUUCCCUGACAAGACUCAGGAAUUCUGAAAUGUGAAAUUGUCUCAAUCCUUUAUCUUGUAGCAUGUGUGUUUGCUAACAGCACUUAGGACUUAGCAUACAGUAAUCCAACAUGAUUUGUAUGGCGUGCACUCAUUUAUCAGCUUUAUUUUUAAAAUAGUUUAAUUGCAAACUUAAUGAUGAGUUAAUUUUGUUGCAAAUGAGACUGUAGUUGAUAAGGUAACGUUUUCUGUUAAGGACUUCACUUUUCUAUGACUGUUCCAACCUAUCAGAGCUCUCUCUGCUGCCUUUCGCUGGCAGUAAAACCUUUGCCCUGGGUACUGCUGACAUCUAGAGAAAUCCUGCGCAAGCAGAUUUUUCUAGUCUUAACACCAGAGAAGAAUUUGAUUGUGUUCACACACAAGGUUUUUGCCCAGUUCAGGUGGUUUUCCUUCCCCUGCUGAUGCAUAAAUCCCUCUGCCUCUGAGUAGCAGUAGAAGACCAGAGUAACUGUGACGAAAGGCAGCUAGCUGGUCUACAGUGCAUGCCUGGCCUCCAGACCUUUGUUAUCGGUAGAAAAACAACUAUACAUACCGAGUCCUUACUGUCUGUUUAGUUAAGUUUUAGUUUAACCAUCCCAAUAAAAGAAAUAUUUGAUUUAUUCUUUUUAGUACAACUUGGCAACAUUUUUCUUGUGUCUCUCAUUGGCUAUUUUUUGUUAAAGGAAUCUUUAUUUGAGAUCACUAUUUUCAUGCUUGCUUUACAAUUCAUGUAUUUUGAAGUGCAUUAUAUUUACUUAGCAUUUGUAACUUGAACGACUUCACCAAAUGAGUACCUUUUGGUAAUUUGUAAUAACUUCUUCCAAAUGUUAACACGUUCCCUGGUAAUUGUAUUACAUAUGUAAAGACAAAAGAAAUAAUUUUCUGUAUUCUGCCAAUCAUAAUUUUAUAUAAUAAAUCAUCAACUUUUAUAAUAGUAUGGAUUGACAAUUUCUAAAGUACUAAUGUAGCAAUGUUUUUCCUUUCUUUAGUCUUCCCAAGGAACCAGUAAACAGCAGUUCAUUAUUGCCAUGUCAUUUGAUAGGUGCAUCUGGUGGCUGGUGGCUGGGCUAUAUUUAUAUUCACUGUAAUCUGUGCAGCAGAGCUGUAUCUUGUUCACUGUCUCUAGUCCUGUACCCUGGGCUUACAGCAGCAGAAGUUCUCAAGCAGUGCUCUGGACACAUAUUGCCUCCAGCCAUAUGUAUUCAAGAAAUGCAUAUUCAUAGAAAUGAAAUAUGGUGUCCUUACAUUGGUUAACUACAGUCUAAAGUUGCUUUAUAUUCAUUUAGAGUCCACCUAGUUUUCAAUCUGGUUAAAGUUUUGGUCUAUUUUUCCUAAGAUUGCCACUUUGACAAGUUUGCAUUACCUCUUUUUUAAAACUGUGUUUAUAUUUACUGUGCUCUUAUGUCAUUUUUAUUUGAUCAUCUGAUUUGUGAAUAAUUGAAAUCUGUACUCUUGGUGAAAAAUCAUGUUAUCAAGUCUCUGUUGUUGGAAUGUUCAUUUUCAGUUUAUAUUCAGAAGUGAAUGGAUAUUUUCAGAGUCAGCCAUACUCACCCUUGAAGCACUGUAACCAGCUGCUAGUGUCCCACAAUUGGCUUUCCCCAAUGCCCAUACAGUGUCCCCUUGGGGAAACUGUGGAGUUCAGUUUGUUUGCCCUCACUGUAGGCGCACACAGCAUCACACCUGUUAACCCGUGGUGGUGAUUUGGACUCUUCCUGGGGAAGUUACAUGACUUACAUUGUUGUCUGUGAGGCUGAUCUUUCCAGUUCUUGAAAGCUGCUGGGUGUGUGCCACAUUGGUGCAAAUAGAUCCUUCCUGUGUGGCAGAUGAGUGCCAUUCACAGAAAAGGAGAAUUGAAGAGAAAAAGAGGUUUAUUGUGAAGCCAGAUAACUGUAACUGGGUUGGUGGCCUUGGUGCUGAGAUUAUGUUGCAGCUGAAGGCUACUCCCAGGCUCGGAAUGAUCCAUGUAAUAUUUAUUGUCUGGACCCUCAGAUUAGAUGUUUCUGGUUUCUUUUUUAAUAAGGUAUUUAGGAUAUAUAUUUUUAAAGUUCAUUGCUUUAAGCUGAAAAGCCAUUUAAAUGGAGGAGAGGGAUUGCUCUUGUAGGCUAUUUAAAACUCAGGAGUUCAAAUAAACUCACAAAUUGAACAGACACUGUUGACUUUGCAACUAAAUUAUGACCUGGUAUGUCUGAGCUGCACAGUGAUUGCUGCAGACUGUUCUCAGAGGUGGCUGGGAUUUACAGUACCGAAUUCUAACAGCAAAGCAGUUACAAUGUCUUGAAAAUUGGUGUCCCAAAUCACUCGUGUGCCUAAGAAAAUAAAAGGAAAUAUUUUAUUUUUCUUCUCUCUUCUCUUUCUUUCCCAUGGUUGUAAAGAUGUAUUCAUGGGAGGGAACAGUUCCGGGGGAAGGGAGGAAGAAUGCUGCUCACUGUUGAUGCUGAUGCUUGCGCUCUCGAUGCCAUGUCAGGUGUUAGGACUGUAGAGGAGAGGCUGUGGACAGGCGAUUCUCAUUUCUUAUGUUAGCAUUUGCUCCUCAGCUCCUGUGUCAUAAAAUGCCAUCUGUUAAACACAGGCAUUAGAUGUUUGAUGCUUUUUCAUAAAAUGGAAACCUUUUCCCAAUCUAAUUCUCUGUACCUAGUUUCUCUGAUGUUUGCCUUGAAAGCACAUUACAGCUACCAGAAAUGAUUCUUCUCAGCAUCCAGAGUGAUGUUUGCCUGUGUUACCUUUUACCUGAUCCAAUGCUGUUUUUCAUCUUUUGCUGUCAAAACUGCAUGCUAAAUACACAAAAUAAAGGGUUCACAAGGGAA